AGGCGAAACGCAUACAGAGCAACGAAUUAGCUGCCAUAAAACUCAUCAAAUUAGAACCCACCGAUGACAUACAGAUUAUCGAACAGGAAAUCAUAAUGAUGCGGGAUUGUCGGCAUCCAAAUAUAAUUGCCUACUAUGGUUCUUACUUAAGGCGAGAUCAACUGUGGAUUUGUAUGGAAUAUUGUGGUGGAGGCAGUUUACAGGAUAUUUAUCAAGUGACUGGUCCCUUGACUGAACAACAAAUCGCCUAUAUGUGCCGUGAAACGUUGAAAGGACUUGAGUACUUGCAUUCUAGGGGUAAAAUGCAUCGUGAUAUUAAGGGCGCAAAUAUAUUAUUAACUGAAAAUGGUGAUGUCAAAUUGGCCGACUUCGGUGUGUCAGCACAAAUAACAGCAACAAUUAAUAAACGCAAAAGUUUUAUUGAAACAGUUAAUAAUUACUUGGCGCUUGGUGUGGACUAUGAAGAUGGUUGCAUAAAAACUUCUCAACCAAGCUCACGGAGCUUUUGGCGAGUCAUUAGCGAUGUGGGUGGCCUGGCAUCGUUCUGA